UGUCAGUGGGCGGGCCGUCCAGCCACGCGCCCCGCCUCCGGCUCACUCGCGCUCAGCCUCCAGGCUGCCAGCUCCACGGGACCUAGCUGUUCCGCUCCGGGACGGACAUAUGAGGAGCUGAGGGUCCCCAAAAGUGGGAUGAAGUUCACUGAUGGCAAAGCCCCUUUAAUCUCCCAGGCAGAAGGGCCUUGGCUGGUCGUCUUUCUUGGCCCAUCCCAAAAAGGAGAACAGGCCUCAGAGCAGUAAGGCAACAGAAUGCCCCCUGGGGUGGACUGCCCCAUGGACUUCUGGACCAAAGAGGAGAGCCAGAGCGUGGCUGUUGACUUCUUGCUGCCCACGGGGGUCUACCUGAACUUCCCCGUGUCCCGAAAUGCCAACCUCAGCACCAUCAAGCAGGUGCUGUGGCAUCGUGCACAGUAUGAGCCACUAUUCCACAUGCUCAGUGGCCCUGAGGCUUACGUGUUCACCUGCGUGAACCAGACAGCCGAGCAGCAGGAGUUGGAGGAUGAGCAGAGGAGAUUGUGUGACAUCCAGCCCUUCCUGCCAGUGCUGCGGCUGGUGGCCCGAGAGGGCGACCGCGUCAAGAAGCUCAUCAACUCCCAGAUCAGCCUCCUCAUUGGCAAAGGUCUCCAUGAGUUUGAUUCCCUGCGGGACCCGGAAGUGAACGACUUCCGCACUAAGAUGCGCCAGUUCUGUGAAGAGGUUGCUGACCGCCAGCAGCUGGGCUGGGAGGACUGGCUGCAAUACAGCUUCCCCCUGCAGCUGGAGCCCUCAGCAAGGAGCUGGCGGGCCGGCAUACUGCGCGUCACCCACCGAGCCCUGCUGGUCAAUGUGAAGUUCGAGGGCAGCGAGGAGAGCUUCACCUUCCAGGUAUCCACCAAUGACAUGCCCCUGGCACUGAUGGCCUGUGCCCUCCGAAAGAAGGCCACAGUGUUCCGGCAGCCUCUGGUGGAGCAGCCUGAAGACUAUGCACUUCAGGUGAACGGGAGGCAUGAGUACCUCUAUGGCAGCUACCCGCUGUGCCAGUUCCAGUACAUCUGCAGCUGCCUGCACAGCGGACUGACCCCCCACCUGACCAUGGUCCACUCCUCCUCCAUCCUCGCCAUGCGGGAUGAGCAGAGCAACCCUGCCCCCCAAGUCCAGAAACCACGCACCAAACCUCCCCCAAUCCCUGCUAAGAAGCCCUCCUCUGUGUCCCUGUGGUCCCUAGAGCAGCCCUUCUGCAUUGAGCUGAUCGAGGGCAGCAAAGUGAAUGCAGAUGAGCGGAUGAAGCUGGUUGUACAGGCCGGGCUCUUCCAUGGCAAUGAGAUGCUGUGCAAGACGGUGUCCAGCUCAGAGGUGAGCGUGUGCUCGGAGCCCGUGUGGAAACAGCGGCUGGAGUUCGACAUCAGCGUCUGUGACCUGCCGCGCAUGGCCCGCCUCUGCUUCGCACUCUAUGCCGUUGUGGAGAAGGCUAAGAAGGCGCGCUCUACGAAGAAGAAGUCCAAGAAGGCGGACUGCCCCAUCGCCUGGGCCAACCUCAUGCUCUUCGACUACAAAGACCAGCUCAAGACUGGGGAAUGCCGCCUUUACAUGUGGCCCUCCGUCCCAGAUGAGAAAGGAGAGCUGUUGAACCCUGCGGGUACAGUGCGUAGCAACCCCAACACAGAAAGUGCUGCGGCCCUGGUCAUCUGCCUGCCUGAGGUGGCGCCCCAUCCUGUGUACUUCCCUGCCCUGGAGAAGAUCCUGGAGCUGGGGCGUCACGGGGAGCGCGGGCGCGUCACAGAGGAGGAGCAGCUGCAGCUGAGGGAGAUCCUGGAGCGGAGGGGGUCUGGGGAGCUGUAUGAACAUGAGAAGGACCUGGUGUGGAAGCUGCGGCAUGAAGUCCAGGAGCGUUUCCCAGAGGCUCUGGCCCGCCUGCUCCUGGUCACCAAGUGGAAUAAACAUGAGGAUGUGGCCCAGAUGCUCUAUCUGCUGUGCUCCUGGCCCGAGCUGCCUGUGCUGAGCGCCCUGGAACUGCUGGACUUCAGCUUUCCCGACUGCUACGUGGGCUCCUUCGCCAUCAAGUCCCUGCGGAAGCUGACGGAUGAUGAACUUUUCCAGUACCUUCUGCAGCUUGUGCAGGUGCUCAAAUACGAGUCCUACCUGGACUGCGAGUUGACCAAAUUCUUGCUGGACCGAGCCCUGGCUAACCGCAAGAUCGGCCACUUCCUCUUCUGGCACCUCCGCUCUGAGAUGCAUGUACCAUCCGUGGCCCUGCGAUUUGGCCUCAUCAUGGAGGCCUACUGCAGAGGCAGCACCCACCACAUGAAGGUGCUGAUGAAGCAGGGGGAAGCACUGAGCAAGCUGAAGGCACUGAACGACUUUGUGAAGGUGAGCUCUCAGAAGACCACCAAGCCCCAGACCAAGGAGAUGAUGCAUAUGUGCAUGCGCCAGGAGACCUACAUGGAGGCCCUGUCCCACCUGCAGUCUCCGCUGGACCCCAGCACCCUGCUGGAGGAAGUCUGCGUGGAGCAAUGCACCUUCAUGGACUCCAAGAUGAAGCCACUGUGGAUCAUGUACAGCAGCGAGGAGGCGGGCAGUGCCGGCAGCGUGGGCAUCAUCUUUAAGAACGGGGAUGACCUCCGCCAGGACAUGCUGACUCUGCAGAUGAUCCAGCUCAUGGACGUCCUGUGGAAGCAGGAGGGCCUGGACCUGAGGAUGACGCCCUAUGGCUGCCUCCCCACUGGAGACCGCACAGGCCUCAUUGAGGUGGUCCUUCACUCGGACACCAUUGCCAACAUCCAGCUGAACAAGAGCAACAUGGCAGCCACAGCUGCCUUCAACAAGGACGCCCUGCUCAACUGGCUCAAGUCCAAGAACCCUGGGGAGGCCCUGGAUCGAGCCAUCGAGGAAUUCACCCUCUCCUGUGCUGGCUACUGUGUGGCCACGUAUGUGCUGGGCAUUGGUGACCGACAUAGCGACAACAUCAUGAUCCGAGAGAGUGGGCAGCUGUUCCACAUUGAUUUUGGCCACUUUCUGGGGAACUUCAAGACCAAGUUUGGAAUCAACCGGGAACGAGUCCCCUUCAUCCUCACCUAUGACUUUGUCCACGUGAUCCAGCAGGGGAAGACUAAUAAUAGUGAGAAAUUUGAAAGGUUCCGUGGCUACUGUGAACGAGCCUACACCAUCCUGCGGCGCCAUGGGCUGCUCUUCCUCCAUCUCUUUGCCCUGAUGCGUGCUGCAGGUCUGCCUGAGCUUAGCUGCUCCAAAGAUAUCCAGUAUCUCAAGGACUCUCUGGCACUAGGGAAGACUGAGGAAGAGGCACUCAAACACUUCCGGGUGAAGUUCAAUGAAGCCCUACGGGAGAGCUGGAAAACCAAAGUCAACUGGCUGGCACACAAUGUGUCCAAGGAUAACAGGCAAUAAGGGGCCCUCUCCUGGUCGCCUCACCGUUCCCUCCUGGCUCUCAGGACUAGAGGUAAACUGUCAGUUCUGGGGACAGGGCACACUCAGUGGUCAUCGGAGGCCCCAACACCGGCACUGUUCCUCAUGGGGAAGAACCACACAACUGCCUCUUGUUUACACUGGUUAUUUAUUUAUGACUCAAAAUGUUUAAGGAACAGAACAGCCAUAAACGGAACUGUCUUUGUGGAGGGGAGGGGUGGUCCUCGUGAGACACCCCCACCCCACCCGUCAGCACUGUAGGCAGUGCCCUGAGGACUGCACCCCAAGUCUUCCAACCUGUGGAUCUUGGCCCAGCAGACAGCUCUUGGGGCCUUCUUCCCAGGCUCCCCAGCAGGCUGCCUGCAGCAAGCCUGGUGCCUCCCAUCCAGACAGGACACCUCAAUCCUCAGCUCACCUCCGCCACCUCUGUGUGGCCCACCUUCGGCGACCUCCACCAACCAAGCCUCCGGCAGCUCCCGAGGAAGCCAGGGCACCCUCUAGACUCAGGCACACUUGCUCUGCACUGUUGAAGUGACCUCUUGGAUAUGGGGACACCCUCACCUUUUAUUUCGGGUAAGAAAAUGAUAGCCAAACGAUGUACAGAACUCGGCAGCUGGGGAGAAGGACCUGCACCCCACUAUGUAUAGUUGUCAGGCCUCAAAACACUCAAGAACCGGCGACUGAUUGAGCUCAGUGUGGUCACCAGUCAAGACAAGGCAAGCUGGAGUGGAGUCCUCUGCAAUGAGUGUGAGCCGUACCCGAAGGCAGCUGUAUGAAGGGCAGGACUGAUCUCUCCUGGAGCUGUGCCCUUGAAAGGCAGCUGGGGAGCCAGGUUCUGAAGUUGAGGGCAAGAGUGAAAUUAAAGUAGCCGGGGCGUUUUUCCUUGAAAAGGAAUGGAUCAGAGCGACUCUAGAAAAGCAGGUCUGAGCCUCCUCCCGGACAUCCCAAAGCCUCGCUGGCUAGAGCUAGGUGCGCUCCGGGAUCUGGGGACACAGCUCAACGGUACAGCGUGUGCUUAUGUGCUGUCCCGAGCACAUCUUGAUGUGCCGGCUGCCACCUCAGGGCCUGGAUCUCUCAGCAGCAUUCUGAGACUUGAGAAGCGUCACUGCUGUGCUGCUCCUGGAACCCCGAGCACGGUUCCAGGAGGCCAGGCGCCAGCUCCCCCGUGUUGACGAGCUGAGGGGCUCGCAGCAGUCUGUACCUCCACAAACCACCUGCUUGGUUCACAGGAGUGCUGGAACCCUGUCUGCCCCACCACCUCUGAGAUAGGAAGUGUGUGUGUGUGUGUGUGUGUGUGCUAGCGUGUGCGUGCAUCAAGUUAUUUAUUGAAGUGAGUCUAGGUGCUCCCUGGUGUGGCUGCAGACUGCACGCGGUCCGCCUUCGAGUUGGGUGUAUGGUCUAUACACCUGGCUAUAAGAAUAUUUUCUAUUUUUUUAAGUCAUUUCAUGUUUGUGUGGGGAAAGUGGGCUUCCUUUCACUGAUGUGGGCUGAGACAUUUGUGCAACCUUGACAUGAUCGGUAAAGACAGGUGAAAAGAAAUAAAAGCCUUUUUAUGUUCUUACA